AUGGGCAAACAUCGUCAUAAAAAAUCGUUUUAUGAUGUCGAUGAAGAUGAAUUACACUCAUCUCAUACACAUCAUCAUCAUCAUCAUCAUCAUCGUCGUCGUCAUCAUGCAUAUGAUAAACAAGAUGAAACAAAACAGCGUGUACCAUCAAUAUCAUCAUUUAAUAAUAGUAAAAUUGAUGAUGAUGAAGCUGCUUUACAAUCACCACCAACAAAAAGACAACGAUCAUCGUCAUCAAAUAGUUCACAAUCACCAUCAAAACUUUUAUCACAACUUAUUGAAAAUCCUGAAUUUUUAGCAAAUGCUGGUCCAAAAGCAAAAGAAUUUGCUGAAACAGCUCGACAAUUACUUGCUAAACCUGAUUUAGAUCCAACAACGCAACAAAUUAUUUGUGCUAUGGCUCAGGCAGCUGUAAAUGUUGGUAAACGUCUUAAUUCAUCAUCAUCAACACCAGCUGAUCAAUGUGUUGAUGAUAUAAGUGUUACAAAUAGUACAAUAUAUUCAUCAUCGACACUUCUUUCACCAACAUUAUCAAAUACAAGUAGUUCAUCAACAUCUAAUACUCCUCAACAACAAUUUCAAUCUAUAGUUUUAUCAAAUGAAGAAAAUAAAACAACAAUAGAACCUGAAAGUGAUGAAGAUAUUCUUAUUAAACAAAUGAUUGAACGUGCAAUGAAAUUAACACAACAAGGUGAUACUCGUCAUGCACAACAUUUACUUGGUAUUAUUCAUGAAAAAUUAUCAAAUAAACGAAAACGUGCUGCUGCUGCUGCAGCAGCUACUGCUAAUAGUUCAAAUUGUAAUGAUAAUGAAAAAUUUAAAAUUUCAUCUUCAAAUGAUUUUCAUUCAUUACCAUCAUUAUUAAAUGAAGAUUCACAAAGUAAUAAUAAUAAUAAUAAUAAUAAUAAAAUAUCACCUACCGAAUCAGAACAGUCGAAUGAUUAUCAAAAUACAUGUUAUUUUUCAUAUCCACCACCACCUCCACUUCCACCGCCACCACCACCACCACCAUUACCAGAUAUAAAUUCAAUAACAUCACCACGAGUUUCAGUACCACCUAUAGAACAAGUUCAAGAACUUCUAUCAAAUCCAUCUGAAGUACAAGAUAUUCUUAAAAAAUUAUUUGGUACUAAUGAAAAUCAAAAAAUAACUCCACCAGAAGAAUAUCAAAUACAAUCUCAUUUAACAUCACCAUCAUCAUUAUUUCAUUCUCAACCUCCAAUUUUAUUUAAUAACAAUCUAAUGUAUUCAUCAUCUCGAUUAAAUAAUAAUAUUCAACCAUUACGAGUUCCAUCAACAACAACAGCCGAUUCACAACCUUAUAAUUCUUCAUUAGCAUUUAUGCAAGGUAAU